AUGGUCAUCCGACCUCUUAGCGCAUAUCCCUCAACACCUGCAGGCAAUUCCAAAAAGAAGGAGGAGGAACCACCGAAAAAUAGCUUUGGAUACUUACCCACUCCCUCCUGUGAGUAAACAGAAUUUGUAAAAUCUUUUUUUUUGCUAAAAAACUCACCUUCUGUGAGUGAACAAAAAUUUUUUAUCAAAAGCUAAUUCUGUUUAAUUAAAACAGUUUUGCAUUUUAAAACAUAAUUUCGCAAAUUAAUACAAAUUGGAAUUUUUCAAAGCUAUGAAAAAAAAAAAUUCUAUAAAAUAUAUAUAAUAAUUUUUUUUGUUCGCUCACGAAGGGGAAUUAGUAUAUUUAGGCAGAGGUUUUUUCUUAUGCCAAAGGGCAUGAUACCUGGGUGGGAUUUUCCUCUGGCAUGGAAAUGGAAAGAGCACAGACGCCCCAGGAGCAAGUCAGGCACAAUGUAGCCAAGGAGAAGCAAUUAGCGUUAGCUGAGAGCCCGUUAUAAUAAGUGAUGAGCUCAUAGAGGUAUAGAAGUUUCCUAUGUUUGGCGCUGUAAGGCCGAUAAAUUCUGAUCGGAAUUUAUCGGUGGUUGCACCAAAUCAAUGCCUUGGUCGGACCAAAAGCGAUUUGGUCCGACGAACUUGGAAAGCUCCUGGGAAAAUGUCUGCGCUUUCAGCGCUAUAUAGAGGAAACCUCUAUAAAUUCUCUCAGGAAUGCAUCGAUUUAA